CCCUCCUGCCAGCCAGCCCAGGGAGCUGGGAGCACACGCACACGCGCGUUUGCACACACGCACACGCGUGUCACCAGCGGAGCCUGUUAAAGAGACACGGUCGCCCGUAGCGAUAAUGGAUCGCGAUGGGAUCGCACUGGCACCGGGAGAAGCGAGUGGGCUGUCACAGGAGGCAGGCAGCGUGGAGCAGCUGUCCCUGCACUGCGCCGAGGGCUCUCUGGAGUGGCUGUACCCCACGGGGGCCCUUCGUCUCCGCCUGACCCCCCGCCUGCCCCCCACCACCGCCGCUGUCAAGGGCGGGAGCCCCCAGCACGUCACCGCCUGCGUCAAACCCACCGGGACCUUCCGUGGGGCUCAGCUUUACCUGGAGAGGGAGGGGGUGCUGGAGCUGCUGCUGCCAGAGGCCCCCCGGCCCCGUGCCCGCUGUUUCAGCUGGCUGCCCCAGGAGAAGGUGGCCCUGUUCCUACAGGCCACCCCACACCCCGACAUCAGCCGCCGCAUCGCCGCCUUCCGCUACGAGCUGCGGGGGGACUGGCUGGCCCGGCCGGCCCUGCCCACCGCCAGCCUCGGUGCAGAGGGCGCGUGUCGGCCGUGCAACGACACCGAGAUCCUGAUGGCCAUUUGCACUAGUGACUUUGUGAUCCGUGGCAGCAUCCGGAGCGUGUCCAACGACGCGGAGCUGCAGGAAUCCAUCAUCGGGGUGAGCGCCACCCGCAUCCACCGACAGAAGUUCCCGCUUUUCCAGGUGGGCGGGCGGCCGGGGCGGCCCGUGGGCAGCAUCCGCACCCCCCUGCGCUGUGGGGUCAAGCCGGGCCCCGGCACCUUCCUGUUCACGGGGUGGCUGCAUUUCGGGGAGGCCUGGCUGAGCUGCGCCCCCCGCUACCGGGACUUCCAGCGCAUCUACGAGGGGGCCCAGCGGGCGCGCCAGAACCCCUGCGAGUUCCCCGUGGACUGAGCGGCUCCGGGAGUGCGACCCGGCCCCGCGGGACCUGGGGGACCCCUGGCGACGAGAGUACCCCGGGGGACACAGGGACGGUGCCCUGAGGGAGCGCAGCACAUCCAUCCUCGCCGUAUGGCCGGACUGUGGCAGCACCUGCCGGCGGGCUCGGGGGUUCUGGGAAAAUCUUGCUGCAGGAGAAGGGAUUUUCCCAGGGCGCAUUUGUCCGUGGGCCCCAGGGACCUGCCUGGGUGAGGGGUGCAGUGGCACGGGGUUGGGGCUCCCAGGGGACUGGGCUGCUGCAUGCUCAGGAGAUGCUGUGGGGCAAGUGGGUCUGGCACCAGGGGCAGCCAGACCCCCAGACCCCGGCAGGGCUCGAGGGUGGGUGGCCGUGGUGGCCAGUCCAGGGACAUGGUGGGCACAAUGGGGUGUGGAAGGGCCAGGAGAUGGAUUUGCAAUGUUGAGGGUGGAAGAGGGAGUGGGCAGCAGCGAGCCUGGCCCUGGCCCUGCCUGCAAUGCAGGGCACAGGCAGGAGCUGUGGAGCGGAUGCUGAGGAAGAGGAGUGAGGCCGAAGGGAGCAAGGGGAAUGGUGAGGUGGGAAGAAGGCUGAGCAGAGGUGCCCUUGGCACAGCCAGGGCGGGACCAAAGCGCCAAUGCAGGGAGGUGCUGUGGGAACAGGGAGAGGUCACUGUGCCACCCGUCAC